AUGUCGAUUGUUCCCAUCAUAACAUUCAAGGCAGGCAAAUGCAUAAUAGAGUCUAAUGGUAGAGUCAAGCCCGAUCCAACGCCUGGCUACAUCUACCUUUUCAACUCUCCCGAAGAUGAACUUGUCCACUUCUGCUGGCGGCCGCGAAACAAGCCGCUGGACGAGCCCGAACUCGAUCUCUUGAUGUUACCGGAGGACGGCUCAUUCCGACCCUUCCAGCCCGCCUAUGCAGACAACCCGACACCAGACAAGCAGCCACCAAAUGGCAGAAUCUACGUCCUCAAGUUCUCCUCCAGCUCACAACGACAUCUUUUCUGGCUACAGUCGGGCUCACAACAUCCCAGCAAAGAUCCAUCGUGGUUCUCUCCUCGAGACCUGAGGCUAGGAGAUAUCGUCGGAACACUACUCCUCGGCGAAGAAGUCCCCAAUGUCGAACAGCUAAUGGCAGAAGUCUCUACCCCGGGACCUCGAAGAGACGGAGACGACGACGAGACUAUGGAAGACGUCGAAGGCACAGAUCACGAUCCAGAUCACCACCGAGGAGGCAGCGGCGGUGCAGGGCCGGGAGCAACAGGCGGCGACGUAAGAGAAGAAGGCGAGCAGUCACGCGAGGGAGGCGCCGACGGAGGAAGAGCAGCAACAAUAGGAGGAAUGGACGUCAGUGCAAUCGUCUCAAACUUUGCCAAAUCACUAGGCGGCAAGGUCCCGUCGGGCGGAGGUCGACAGCAACCCCAAAACAAACUCUUCACCACCCUGCAAGACCUCCUCACACCAGCAUCCACCAUCCCGUAUCUUAACAGCAUCGACGAGACUGAAGCCGACCGCCUCUUACAGUACCUGCCACCGCAACUCCUGACCCUCGCCAAGAGCAGCGAAGGCGUGCCCGAAUCGUCCGAGCUCACCCUGCCGCAGAAGAAGUCUAUCCUCGACCGUGUCCUCCGAUCACCGCAAUUUACUCAGUCGAAUGCCAGUCUCACAGUUGCCCUGCGCGACGGCGGUUUGCCUAGUAUAGCAGAUGCAUUGGGCGUUCAGGUACAGAACAACGGAUAUAUGCGUGGUGGCGCCGUGCCUGUGGGUGGCGGCGAGGCCGUGGAGGUUUUUCUGGAAGGUGUCAAAGCUGCUGAGAAGGAGAAGUUGGAGCAGCAACAGCGGGACGGGGCAGAUGCUGGUGGUGCCGCUGGCGAUGAUAGCAUGGAUACCCAGUAG